GCGCAAUGUUAUCAGCGAAGGGCCACCGGCUGGACGCCCGCGAUGACUAUGCAAGCACCACACAACUUGACGCUGGAAUUCUUGCGGAAACUGCUCGCUGAAGCAGAACCCGAUGUGACCGUCUCUUCCUUUGAGGUUGCCACAGGCUCGGGUCGUGGUGAUAAUUAUACGGCCAUGCUGUACCGGAUUCAUGUCCAGGGUACGACUCAGGAUGGAGAACCGUGGAAGCGUUCGCUCAUCUACAAAUGUCUACCCGACAAUCCAACCCGCCGCCAGGCGUUCAAGUCGGACGUUCUCUUCAGGAACGAGGUGGCUUUCUACACACAGGCACUACCAGUACUGCUCGAGUUCCAGGAAACCUGCACCGUCAGUUCACCGUUCCGAGCCGCCCCGCGCUGUUACCUGGCCCAUGAUUCAGAACUGGUACUUGAGGACCUGUGCGCCAGAGGGUUCGUUAUGGCUGAUCGCAAGGCGGGCCUGGACGCACAGCAUUGCCGCGCCGCAAUGCGAGAGCUGGCUCUUCUACAUGCCCUGUCGCUGGCAAUGAAACUUCGCCGGCCGCAAGAAUUCGCCACCAGGGUCGCUGCCUGCGUGCAAGAGGCGCUGUUUGUUCCCGAGAACGAGGACUGGUACCGAGGUUACUAUCGGGCCGCAACACGUAAUGCGCUCACCGUGGUGAGGGAAGCGUUAGGUGAUGGAACACUAUACCUGGAUAAGUUCAGAGAAUUUAUUGACAACAGUAAGUUCUUCAGGCGCAUGGUUUCAUUGGUGGAGCCACGAGAACCCCUUGCAGUUCUUUGUCACGGAGAUUACUGGACCAACAACAUCCUGUUUCGAUAUUCCGAGACGGGCGAGAUUCUUGAGGUGUGUCUGGUAGACUUCCAGCUUGCUCGGUAUGGAUCACCAGCCCUUGAUAUUGUUAACCUCCUUUAUUGCUGUACCUCAAGGGAAAUGAGGCUUUGGCAUAUGGCUGGCUUGCUGUCUGAUUACCACGCCACUCUCAACAAGGCACUGAGGCAGCUUACACAAGGAGCUACGGACCUUGAGUCUGAUAUUUUAGAUCCCGACUGUCUGUGGGAGAUGUUACAAGACGAAAUGCAUCGAUGUGGGAAGUAUGGAUUAGGUCUGGCUCUAGACAUGAUUCCCAUCUCAGUAUGUGAUUCAGCCCAGGCACCAGAUUUAUAUGUCAGUUCUGAUGGUGCUAAACCUCAAGAAGCAGGUAUCAACAACACAUUACCGGUGAGCACCUCAAGUGAACUCUGUCAGAGGAGGAUGGCUGAAUUGGUACAAGAGCUUGUUGACAAUGGUAACUUGUAAUGAAUAUGAAUUCUAGAUUCAUGCAUUGUAUCCUAAAGUUAAACAAAGUUCAUUUUACAAUUUGUUUAUGAGAAACAAGGAACAUACAUGUUUCUAAUUAAAUACAAACCAAGAGUGAUUAUGGCUAAUCUUACUUUAUACAUCACUCAAAGUAAGAAAGCAUUUGUCAUUCUAUUUUUAGUAACAUGAUAUAUUGUAUCACAAUAUACAGUUACAUAAAAUAAAUUCGCUUGAUAUACUAUACAGUUAACCAGUCUUUCAUAUUUCUAAUCAUAAAAUGCAGACAAUAUUUUAAUAAAGAACUCAGCAAACAAACAUUCUCUUAGUGUAGCAUAUGAUGGACAAGUCCAAAAACAUAGCAAUCCAUGUUAGUUAUUACUAACUCCAAAGUACAGGCUAUUUCUUAAGAAGUCGAUGAUUAUUGGGACUGUAGUUUUCUCGUUGUGACACUGCAGCUGUGUGAGUGGAGACAUCAUGCUCCUCCAAAAUACCAGUACAGUAUCUACACACCGAGCUACACGGUAUCACAACUGAGAAGACAACAGUCUUAAUAAUCACUGCCAUGGAAGCUUCAAAACUUAUGACAGUCACUUUGUCAAGAAAUUUCCUGCCUUAUGAAUCUCAAAGGUUCAUUACUGUGCUCAAAAGGUCCACCAUUUGACCCUAUCCUGAGCCAGUUAAUCAGAUUUACAACUUAUGUCUCAUACCCUUAUCCUCCUAUCUAUGCCUUAGUGUCAUAAGUGAUUCAUUCCCUUGAGGGAUUUUACCAAAAUUUUGUACACAUUUCUUUUAUCUCCAUCUGUCCCUUUCUCCAUGAUUUGACCAGCCUAAUAAUGUUAUCUAAAGAAUAAAAAUUAUGGAGUUCCUCGUUAUGCAGUUUCCUCCAGCCUCUUCUCUCUUCAUCUCUCUUAGAUCCAAAUAUUAUCCUGAGCAGCCUGUUCUGAAAUUCCCUCAAUCCAUGUUCUUCACUGAGAGUGAGAGACAAAGUCUCAUGCCCAUAGAAAACAACAGGCAAAAUUAUAAUUAUGUGUAUUUAGCCUGUAGAUAUUUAUAAAGCACUCAGGUAGAUGAUAGAUCCUGAAGUGAAUGAUAGCAAAUGUUUCCAAAAUUGAAUCUGUUCUUAAUUUCUUUGUUGAUGUAAUUUUUAUGUUGUUGUUCCCAAACUUUUGAAGUUUGCUAUAUUUUAAAGGAUUUAUUAAAAGUCAUGAUGUUAAUAUUUUGUCCUGUAUUCUGGUGAUGAAA